AAUUGGAAUAAAAUGUUGAGAAUAGUCGCGUUUAUUGUAAAAAAGACUCUAUGGUACAUAACAAUAGUGACGUUAUCUGCUAUCCUGGUGGUGGGGACUGGAGAAUGGAGCGAGGACGCUGAAGAUUUGGUGUCUACUGUUGACGUGGACGCAGUUCUCGGCCGUACAGCCUCGCUGCCGUGUGACGUCACGCCUGACACAAAUGAAGAUCGCGUGUACAUGGUGCUAUGGUUCAGGAAAAGUGGCGGCAAACCAAUAUACAGCUUUGACGUUAGAGGGCGUUCAUUCAGCAAAGCGUUGCAGUGGUCGGAUCCGGGUGCUUUCGGGCCGAGGGCGUACUUCGCGACGAUAGCAAAGCCUGCCUCGUUAACACUCAGCUCAGUACAACUCGAUGAUGAGGGCGUAUACAGAUGUCGCGUCGAUUUCAAGAAUUCACCAACGAGGAAUUUUCAGAUUCGUCUCAUCGUCAUAGUGCCUCCACAUCAGAUGCUGUUGUACGACAAAUCUGGCGCAGACGUAUCAGGUGUUGUGGGUCCUUUAGAAGAGGGUGUCGCGCUUGUUUUGGUUUGCGAAGUACGCGGUGGUCGACCUGAACCUACCGUUUCUUGGCUAGUAAAUGGAACCAUAGAACCUAAAUACAUAGGAGUGAAGACGGACACACACGUUGUUGUCAACCGUUUGGAAAUACAAAAACUACAAAGAGAUGACUUAAACACAACUUUUAAAUGCAGAGCAACGAAUACGCAUCUCGUACCUCCUCAAGAGAAAACUGUACGACUUGAAAUGAUUUUGUUGCCCGUCUCUGUAUCACUGAUAGACAGGCCGCAGCAACUGCUUGCGGGAUCUGUUACCACGUUACGAUGUGUCGCUAAAGGCAGUCGGCCACCAGCUCAAAUAACUUGGUAUAAAGAUAACAGAAGCUUUGGCAUGGAUAAGAUAAGUGAACAUUUCAACGAGACUUGGUCCAUCAGUACAUUGAUAAUGAAACCAGCGCCUGUAGAUAACGGAGUUACAAUCAAAUGUGGGGCUGUCAAUCCAUCGUUGCCUGGCAAAGAAAUCGAUGAUCAGUUUCAACUCAACGUUGUAUACAGUCCGCUGGUUACACUGACGUUAGGCAGCACACUAAACCCGCACGAUAUAAAGGAAGGGGACGAUGUGUAUUUCGAAUGUAAUGUCAGAUCAAAUCCUAGAGAACAUCGGAUAUCAUGGUACCAUAAUGAUAUAGCAGUGACGCAGAACAUGACUUCUGGAAUAAUUCUAAGCACUCGGUCUCUGGUACUGCAGAAGGUAACUCGACGGGAAGCGGGAAGGUACGCCUGUAAAGCUGCCAACAUCAGAGGUGAAACAUCCAGUGAAGCUGUCAUACUGAGAGUUCAAUACGCACCAGUGUGCAGUGACUUGAGUCCACAAGUGGUGGGCGCGGCGCUAGACGAGGCGCUGCACGUUAGAUGCUCAGUGCACGCUGACCCUGCUGACGUCACCUUCUUAUGGCAAUUCAAUAACAGUGGAGAAAGUUUUAACGUUUCUCCAGCACGAUUUGGCGUUAUAAACGGAAGCACCAGUGAACUUCGUUACACGCCUGCAAGCGAACGCGACUACGGCGCUUUAACGUGUCGCGGCACGAACACGGUCGGUCGACAGUUACAACCAUGUGUUUUCCAAAUUGUUCCCGCUGCUCGACCGUCGCCGCCACGAAACUGCACAGUACUGGCCAGCAACGAUUCUAAUUGGAUCGAGGAAACGUUUAAGGAUGAUAUUGAGGAUUACAUAGUAAUCCGCUGCGUCGCCGGAUACGACGGGGGCUUGCCGCAGCUCGUGGUAUUGGAGGCUUUGGACCCCAACACAGCCUCUAUUAGAUUUAACAUUACUGCAAACGAAACGAAUGGCGUGGCUGUAUUCCUAAUUCCCGUGGGAUUAUUAUGGGUGAAUAACGCGGCUUUGAGGCUUACUGUGUAUUCUAGAAAUGACAAGGGAAUCUCCGAGAAGAUCGUCCUUAGUGCCCUCGCGUAUCAGGACCCUGAGCGACGGACAGAUGGUAAUCACAGUCUCAUGGCUGGAGUUUCGAGGGCAGCUUUCUGGGCGGUGAUUCUCACUACAGUCGUAUGCACAAUGACAGCGGUCACAACGGGGCUAUUCCUGAGAAGAAAACGACGUCGUUCAACCUCUAAACCACAAUCGUCACAUCUGCAGUUGAACUCUGGAGAUGGACAAUACGUUGUGGCAUUUACGUUGAAAUCUAGACCUAAGCAAAGCCAACCUGAUAUAUUAAACCCUCCGGCAGAUCCCGGAAGCUCAUCAACUGAGAAGUGUGAAAUAGAAGUAGCUGUCAAAAAUGGCGGGCUCAGUGUAAGCGAGGAGUGGGCAAUGAGUGAGCGCGACUCGCUAACAGCUAACCAAGAACCACUUAAACCGGUAAUAUCAUCACCUCGAGCCUCGAUAUCAAGUAAACAGCAAGUAACAAUAAACACAAUGUCGUUAAGUAAAAGAGGUCAUCUUAUACCAGAAGAAAUACCAGGUCCAGAGAGUUGUGUAUAGAAAAUUGUAUAGGAAAUUUUGUAUUUACUA